AUGGGCAGCCUGAGCGUACGCAAGGGCUACGAAGGGCCGUCGUGUCGCCGUAAAUUGGAUGCAGCGCUUCCAGUCUUGUUGAAAGCGGUCCAGCUGGAUAACGCCGGGUCACUGGAGGCGGUAGGAGCGUACAGAGAGGUUGUAGGGCUAUUCGAUGAUGCAAUCGAGAUACUCAGGAAUAAGCACCAAGAUCCGAAUGCAAAGAGAGUCUCAAUCGAAGCCGGCUUGCAGGAUAUGUACUCUAUGGAGCGGAGCGCGGCGUACAGUGCAUCGAGCGCGCUAAGCUGGGAGAGUGCUAGCCAACCGUCCCACCCAUUCGCUUCGACAUACUCGACACCACCCACGCGGUCGGCCACGCUGCGCUCAUCCAACGAGUCGCUGGCGUCUUCUUCUCGACGGGGCCCUUCUCCAUACUCACCGCCGAGGAUGCAGACGCCUCAGACGCCUGGGGGGUCGUCGGCGUCGUCGACUCGACCGCCCUCGUCGCGGCGGGCGUUGACAGCGGCCCUUGAGCUGGCCCAGGAGGCUGUGCGCAUCGACAGUGCUGGAGAAGAACCCCUUGCGGCGAUUGCGGCGUACGGAAAGAGCGUUACACUUCUCAAAGAGGUAAUGGAUCGUGUUAUGCGAGGAGAAGGUGCCGAGAGACGACGGGCGGGUGUUAGGCGCCGAAGCGAUGCCGCCAGAGAGGACGAAGUCCGCAGGCUCAAGUCGAUUCACGACACGUACGCAGACCGCAUGCAGAUCCUUUCACUCAUAUACCAGAUGGACUCAGGCCAACAGGCAUCCAUAUCCCCCGAUCACCACGAGGAUUCCCCAGACUACGAGCACAGCACUGGAUUCCAUACGGAGCCAUACUCUAUUAGCAACGAGCACGAAUAUGACGAUGUUCAGACCCCUGCCGAGACAAUUGGAUCUGCCUUUGUCUCGUAUGACCGCGCUUCCGGACUCGACUAUGCUGCCCACCAUGCAACCCGUGCCGAGCAUAUUCUAUCCUUUAGUCCCAGUCCCAGUCCCAGUCCCAGCCCUAGUCCGGAUGACUAUGAUCAUGCAACUCCCACAGAGUACCAGCCAACGCCCAUCUCCCCCACAUCUACUAUCACGCCCCAACGAGAACGCGGCUCUCAUAUCCCUCCUAUGCGCCCUAUACCAAAUGGACCACUCCCCCUGCCGAGUGUACAGCCGCUAUAUUCCCUUCCGCAACCCCCAUCUCAACCUCAGGCUCAAUGGUCAAACGGAGCACCUGCUCCUGCCCGGGUAAACCGCUCUCAAUCCACCUCGGCUGGUUCUGGCUCUCGAACCGAUUCCCAUUCGCCUCACCGUCGAUCUUAUGCAGUACCUCCAUCCGCACCCGCACAUGUACAAACUCAGCCGAGUCGCAUGCGUACUGGCUCCGCAGCCGGGCACAAGCGUUCCGGUUCCGGCAAUGAGCGCCUUGGCCUUGGUCCUUUGGCCGAAGAACGCGAGCGGGAUCGAGAAGCCUCUAGUGGUACGGAGAGUGAACCAUGGACCGUUGUCCCCACGGAUUUACACUCCCAUCAACAACCUGUUGCCGAGGGAUAUCGAUCCACGAGCGAGGCGUACCGUUCGAGAGUGAUGAGUCUAGGGAGGGAUGCAGGGACGAGCAUUGCACGAGAGAUGAGGGAAUUACCACCCCAUCCAUCGGGGUCUCCUGUUACACCCCGUCUGCCCAUCUCGAAUGUGGACGUUCUUCGCUCUGGUGCGGGCGUAGACGUUAUUCAACGACCCCGUGGAGACACAAGCAGUUCAACUUCAUCAAGGGGAUCUGACGGCCCUUCGAGCGCUGGGACAGUAUCAACCGUUCCAACCAGCUUUUCGGCAUCAGUCGAAAAGUCCAGUGUAAUCAUGCCUGGACCGAAUAGCUCCGCAAUGGAAAAUGGCAUGCUUGUGAAUACAUCAACAUCUCAAGGUAGCAUUGCACAGCGACGCAGGUCGGCUCAGCCGUCAAUUAGUCAUAGUUCCGCACUUCAGCAAGCUUUGCAGCAGCAACAGCCUCAAUUACCAGCCCUCCCUCAAACGCCAACGAGCUCUCAACAAACGCCAAUUGUGUCAGUCCCCCCGCCCUCCGUUAUCCCUUCUGCACCUACCACACGUCUAACUGCCGAUGCCCUCCCGGCUGGGGCUGCGACCCGUCUCGGGAUUGCACCUGGCCGAUUGCGCGCCUCGAGCCAACCUGGUCGGCGACCGGACAUGCCGACUACCAAUGUGGGUUCGAGCCUAGCUUCGGGUCCGCGCAAGAGUAGUACAUCCCAUUCGCGUGUGAUAUUUGGUAGAGGGAUGGCAUCGCCUGUUCCUUGGGGCGUGGCGCUCGGUGCUGCGGGCAUACCUCUAGUUCCCGCGCAAAGCACAGGGGGCUCUCCCAGUCUUGUUGUGCAUAUUGUCGGGGCCAGCGUACCCCUGAGCACUAAGCCUGCUCCACCUCCAGAUUCUCAACACCGAAGGCCGUUUUAUCUCAUGGGUUGUUUGCUGGUCUCUCUUACCCGCCAAUCAGGCGGGUACUUGACUCCCAAAUUGCAUGUGCCACACGAAGUGUGGUCUCAAGGCGGCGCCAAAUUGGUCAAUGUGCCUGACAAGCUGCGCGUGCUCGAGUCAUUGGUAGACCACCUUAUUGGACUACGAGAAUGCAGUGAAGGGUUCUUCUCGGGCCGCCGUGGGGGCGAAGAAUUUUUGAAGCGGUUGGAGGAGUGGACCAAGCACUGCGAUUCCUUGAAUGGGGAGUAUAGCAAGAAGCUCGGUGUUGGGGAGGGAGUAAUUAAGAAGCGUGGAGGGAUGACGGACAAGAUCAUGCGUGGAUUCGACCGGAUUACAAACGGCAAGAGUGUGGACUCGCCAGCAAACUACGCUGAAUUACUAAAGAGGUUAUUUACGGCCGCUGAAUUGUUUGAUAAACACAUUCUGGCGCUACAAGACCGGCAUCAUCCGAGAUAUCUUCCUGUCUCAAGCAGUGUGCGGAAUCAGAUUGAAAUGCGCUUGCAUGCUGCUAGCGAGUUCUUCGCCACGGUUGUUCUCACAUUUGUUGUGCGAGACCUGGGGCUUUUGAUGGACAAGUUUGUCAAGAAGACAGAGCGAUGUUUUCGACUACAUUACUUUUGUGGCACUGGUCACUCCGUAACGGCCAACACACCAACGAAGAUGGAGAAAGCGCGCCAGAUUCUCAAAGACGUUUUUCAGUUUCCUUCAUUUAGGCUGGCUCAAGAGCAGGCCAUCGAGCGUCUUGUUGUACACAACAAGAGUGCGCUAGUUUUGUUUCCUACCGCCGGUGGCAAGAGUUUGUGCUACCAAGUACCAGCAUUGUGCUUUGACCGCGGUAUUACACUGGUCAUUAGCCCGCUCAUUUCACUUAUGCGAGACCAGGUGGACGCCUUGGUUCGUCGAAGGGUCAAGGCAGCUAGCUGGGACAGUACUUUAACCGCAGAGCAGGCUAAAGUUGUCAAAGACGGUGUUCUUAGUGGUGACUUGAAGUUGCUUUAUGUUGCUCCCGAAAAACUGAACAACGAGAAUUUUAUACAACUCAUGAGUCAAGUCAAUAUCAACCUCCUCGCAGUUGAUGAAUCACAUUGUAUCUCCCAAUGGGGCGCCUCUUUCCGUCCCGAGUAUCUCAAAAUUGCCCGUUUCGUAGAAGAGUUCAACAUCUCCCGUGUACUAUGUUUAACAGCCACGGCGACCAAUCAAGUUGCGGAAGAUAUUUGCAACUCGUUCCAUAUUGAUACCAAGGCAGGAAUAUUCAAGGUCCCUGUAUAUCGUCCUAAUUUGGCUUUCCGAGUCAAAACUGCUACAGACUUGGACGAUAAAAUUAACCAGCUUGUUCCAAUGUUGCAAAAUAGGGAUGGGCCAGUUGUAAUCUAUGUAACGUUGCAGUCGCAUACCACAGAAUGCCAAUCCAGGCUUCGGGCUCGGGGUAUAGAAUCCGAGGUUUAUCACGCUGGGUUGCCCAGUGAGACACGUACGAAUGUCCAGAGUUGGUUCAUGGCUUCCGCGGAUGGCAUCGUAGUGUGUACAAUUGCAUUUGGCAUGGGAAUCGACAAAGCAGAUUUGAGACAGGUUAUUCAUCUUUACAUGCCGAAGACGCUGGAGAAUUACAGCCAGGAAGUUGGGCGUGCUGGACGAGAUGGGAAGCCAUCAAUGGGAUGUGCAGAGAAUUUUGCGCGUGGGGACACAAUCAGUCCGAACAAUAUUCUUCUUUGGUUGACCGCUGGAGUAUUUGGCAUUCCCCUAGCACCCGAUGGUGCACUCGAGGCAAACCACUAUCAACAGAGCAGAGUUUAUGAUAUCCGGCCUACCGUUUUGCUAAACCUCUAUGCUCAAUUGGAACUUAAAUUUGGACUUCUGAGGGCAAUCACUCCGUGUUAUCAAAUAUACGAUUACACAAUUCGUGACGAAAAAUCAUGGGCAAAUCUAGACAAGAGCUCAAAAGAAGCCAAAACAGUGCUCCAAUAUGUUCAACCUCGGUCCUCAGGGUAUCAUAUUGAUGUAUCACUGGCUGCUGAACACUCGGGAGUUCCUCGUGCAGACCUAACGCGAGUUAUUCAAAAUUGGGAGCUUUCUAAGGCAAUCGAAGUCAAGGCCUCCCAGGUCAGACAUCGUUAUCGGGUUCUGAAGGAACUCCCGUCUGGAAACCCUGCGUUGCUAUCUGCUAUUGCGAAUCAAUUGUAUGAUGGGCAAUUGAUUGCUGAAAACGAGGCAAUGGAGAAAAUCCAAGGGGUUCUGAGGUUCGCAACGGGAGAUGAAUGUCUCGCCCACUCCCUUGCGGUGUACUUUGGAGAUGAGAAAGCCGUGCCAUAUGGGAGCUGUGGAGCAUGUACGCAAUGCCUGACUGGAGAAGGCGUUGAAUUCAACCCGAACUAUAUCGCUAGGGUGGACCCAAUAGCAUUGAGAAACAUCCUUGAUACAUGCUUAGACCGUGAUGAUCCUCGUAUGAUCGCUCGCUUCGCUAUUGGAAUAACCUCUCCACGGCUCACUGCAUCCAAGUUGACAUCUCACACACUCUUUGGAAGCAUGGUCGGCUACACCCCUGCUCCCGAUGGUAGCUACGACUACCUAAGGCAAAGGCACACUUCAAGGGCACAGGGAAGCAAGACAACCACAACAAAGGCGACCUCGACAAGAGGAAGAUCAUUGUCUGGGAACCAUUCAAGGAAGCCCUAUAAACCAUACGACAAUGACCCUUCGUUCUACCGUGGAAGCCACAGAGGCGCCCGCCAGGCAACAUUCUUACGGGGUCACGUGAACCUUAUCUUCUCUGGUGCUCCUUUCGAUUUUUUAUUGUUGGUCUUCUUCUGCGCGUGUAUCUAUUUCGGGUCUUGCCAUCCCUCGAUAUUUAACUAUGUUCACGUGGGUCCAACUGCGACCUUAAACGUCAAAAAAUUUGGAUCCGGGCGCCACCCAACUGGGAUACCAUCGUAUUUCUCCUCUACAUCUUCUCUAUUCAAUAAUAUGGCCGUGAAGCGAGGCGUUGGAUCUGAUAAUCCCAAAGAGGAGAAGCCUUGGGUACUUGAAGUUCGCGAGCUCGAGCCCGAGGAGGAGAAGCUCAUGAAAGAACUGGAAAGAAAGCUUGCCGCUCUCAAGAUUUUGAAACCCCUCUAUGAGUCUCGUCGCAAGACUUUUGCUUCUCAAAAAAACUUCUGGGGAAUUGCACUUGGCCAACACUCAGAGAUUGGCCAGCACUUGUUGGACUCAAAGGAUGCUGAAGCUAUGACCUAUCUUCGUGAUGUGUGGGUCGAACGUGACCCUAAUGAACACCGUGCCUUCACCAUUGAAUUUCAUUUCGACGAGAAUCCGUUUUUCAGCAACAAUGUCCUAAAGAAAUAUUACAAGUACUCUGCUCCACCUGAGGUUUCUCCCGAAGAUUCUACCCCCGAUGCAAAUGGUGUGACUAAUGUCAUGAUCGACUUCAACUGGGAACGCGACAUUGAUAUUUCGGGUACUGAGAUCGAGUGGAAGGAUCCCGCUAAUGCAUUGACGAAGUUGCGUCCCCGUCCUGAUAUGGAGGAAAUUGAAAAGCGCCUCAAGGAUGAUGAACCUAUCAGUAUCGACACGGAGAAAGAUGACGAGUUUGAUAUUGGCCAAACCAUUGCUGAGGAGGUCUUCGCAGAUGCCAUCGGGUACUUCACAGGCACUCAUGAGAACGCUCGCAACAACCUGGAGGACAGCAACUGGGAGGAUGAUGAUGACGAAUAA